GCUCUUCUUCCACCACUCCUCCAUCUCAUUCUCCUACUCCAUACAUAGCUCUCCUCCACUAUGGCAGCACUGUGGCUCCAGUCUGUCUCUCUGCUGGUCUUACUGAUCGUGUCGUGGCCGGGCUCCCAGGCCCUCAGCCCCCCGCACCACUGGUGCGGCUCUCACCUGGUCGAGGCCCUCUACAGAGUCUGUGGGGACAGUGGCUUCUACAACACUAAGAGAGACAUUGACCCUCUGCUGAGUUUCCUGUUCCCAGAGGUGGGCAGAACUACAGCAGCGGGUGGAGAGAACGAGGUGGCUGAAUUCACCUUCAAGGACCAGAUGGUGACAAUGGUGAAGCGAGGCAUUGUGGAGGAGUGCUGUCUGAAUCCAUGCACCACGUCAGUCCUGAAGAACUACUGCAACUGA